AGACAAACCGGAUGUUUUGGCUACCAGCUGGCUAACAUGACGGAUUUUUCAAGAAGUUACACAUAUUUCUCUCAGUCGUUUAAACAAGUAAAGAUAGACCGGUAUUUUGUACAGUAAAUACCACAAUUUGUCCGCACAUUUGCUGUUUCGUGAGCUCUGUUUUAAGACGUAGUUUAACUGUGCUAUUUUAUUUUUUUUUUAUUUUUUUUACUUCGAGUUUUCUGAAUUGAACGACAACUUUUUUUCAUUUCCCAUCCAAAUAAAACUAUGGUUAUUUUUCAAGUUUCCAAUAAGAAAGAAAACUUUGACGACGAAUUUUGAGUUGGAACAGCCAGAAGGGAAUGUUUAUUUUCAUUUAAAUACACCGAGAAGAAAAAUGUCAAAACAUUCCAAAAGGAGAAAACUGAAUAGGUUGUCUUCAUCUUCAGGCGAAGAAGAAACGGGUUCAAACUGCCAAAAUGAUGCCUCCAAAAGGAAAAGUCACAAAAGAAAAAAUGACGAAAUGGAUCCAAAGAGCUCUAAAAAGGAACAGAAAAAAACUCAAGUUGACUCCCACAGCUCCCGCCAGAUAGCAAAACCUGUUUACAGACUGUCAACAAGAAAAGAAGAGCAGAAAGUCUCUCCUAAACAAGGGCAGCUUAAAAACAAUGGACCUUUGCAAUUACACGGGGAACGCCAAUCCAGUAUAUCUAGAACAACUAGGGAAAUUAAAACUGUGAGAAGGGACCAGUCAAAGCCUAAUAAGGCAAGCUGUGCUGCUUUACUUACUCAGACAAUAGAGAAGAAAUUGCAAGACAAGUCUGAUAAAAAGUGCUCUCAGGGCAGCUAUUCCGAACUAAAAAAUGAGCAAAUGAGUAACAAGUUAGAUGCUGCUGAACACAGAGAUCACAGGCAGGGAUCAGAGAAGAGGAAUGGACCAGCUAGGGAACCUUCAAGAUCCCCGCAUGACAGCAGGAAUAUUAAGACCCAAGAACCCAUCUCCUCCCACUACAAACAUUUUCAAAAAUGGAGCAACAUGUCUCGAGACCAGAACACAAGUAAAAAUUAUCCGUAUAGCAGAAGUACGAGUGUGGAUGCCAAAAAGCCUCCUACCACUGUCACACAGAAGUCUUGCAUUUCACCGAAACCCUCUAUGACAGUGACAAACCCAAAGAAAUGGAAGAGCUUCACUUCAACCCCCGUGAGCAACAAAUCAGAGCCACCACCAUCCACUCUGAAACAAAUGGGCAUUCUAAAAUGUUUGCCUUUUAAAUUAAAUUUCAAAAUACCAAAACACAGUCAGCCUGCCCUUGCACGCAGCUCACUCGGAAAUAAUAAUACGGCGUCUUCGAACCAAAACCUCAAGCUUAAGGAUAACAAAGACGGCUCUGGAGCAAAGAAAUUGGAGCCAGCAAAGGUGGAACCUUGCAGGCUUUUGGCUGGUUCCUCCAAUUCUCCUUGUAAAGCACGAAGUAAGAGAUCAUCUUUGCCUGACCGUCUCUCAUCUGAAAUCCAUCCAGCAGGAGAUGCAAAAUCUAAGCAAUUCUGUGAUCAGGGUCAGGUAGUUGAAGAGCUUCAUCUUGCUCGGUCUGAAAAGAGGCUGGAGGUAAAUGUGAAGCAGAGCUACGGUGAACUCACUGGCAUGGACAUAGAUUCUGCUGAGGAAGGAGCCGCAGAAACCAAAUACAGGGAUCCCAAACAGAAAACCCUAAUCCUGGUUCUGGACACCAACAUUCUCCUCAGUCACUUGGAUUAUGUGAAAAAAAUCCGAUCUUGUGGCCUUGAAGCAUUGGGAUUUCCAGUUGUCCUGAUCCCCUGGGUGGUUCUACAAGAGCUGGAUUCCCUUAAAAAUAGAAAAGGUCUGUCAGGAUCAGUGGCCCACCUUGCAACUCCGGCCAUCUCGUUUAUUUACACCUCUCUGAAGAAGCGGGACCCCCACCUGUGGGGGCAGUCCAUGCAGCAGGCCACUGAGAUCAGCAAUGGUCUGAAUACCAAGAAUAAUGAUGACAGAGUGCUGCAGUGCUGCCUGCAAUACCAGAAUAUGUAUCCAGAGUGUGUCCUCAUCUUAUGCACAAAUGAUAAAAACCUGUCCAAUAAAGCUGUCCUGAGUGGAGUGACGGCUCUUAGCAAGGUUGAUUUGGAGGCAGGGGUCAGGAGGUCGAAGAAUGGCCAUCAGUUCCUUCUUGACGUUCAGUCUCCUGUUCCGUCUCGUUUGAGCCACAACAUCUCAACUUCCCGUUCAAGAUAGCGGAGGUUUUCCCCUAGCCACCCCACGAAAAGGUGAACC